UUGAACUAGAUUUUGGCUCAACCUGAUAUGUAUUGUCAGUUUCUAACUUCUUUAUUUUACUUGAUUCACGUUUUGUCUGUCGAAGUGAUAGUACAUGCUUUAUCCUUCUUCUCAUUUGUGUUGAGAGAAAAUUAUUUUCUCCUUUUAAUUUAUAUAUCAGUUUAAAAAGUUAUUUUUACUGUGUUAAACAAUAUUUAAAUUUUUGUUUUAUUACUUUCUUGGUUGUUUUUGUUUUUUUUUUUUGUUAAGUUUUAAUUGUUGAAUAUUUAUGAAGAGGUAUAUUUAUAUAUUUAAAUAUUAUUUAUUUUUAAAUUCUUCGUUUUGAAUAAGUAGAAGAAGAAGAAAGUCAGUAUUUUAUAGUUUUGUUACUUCUGACAACAUGGACAACGACUUCGUGUGGAAUAAUUUCCGGUAUCACAUUCGCAGCUCCACAGAUACUCAGACAUAUUAUGUCUGUGUUAACCGUAAAAGUAAAAAAUGCCAAGGACGUGGAGUAUUAAAAAAUGGGGUAUUUAAUGUAACACAUACGCACAAUCAUUUAGUGGAUAAAAAAGAUAUUAAAAUAAGAGCCUUCAAGCAAGCGUUACACAAUCGUGUAACGACAAGCUCAGAUAAAUAUAGAAAAAUUUACGACGAAGUUCGUCUUCAUCAUGCAGAUGCAGCUCAACAUCUGCCAUUUUCAAAAAUAGAGAAUACGAUGUUUCAAUGGAGAAAAAAAGUGACUCCUCCAACCGUCAACAAUCUGAAUAAUUUUGUUGAAGUUGCUAAUUCCGACGAGUGGAAAGACAUUUCAAAAUAUAAUGGAGGCAACUUGGAAAUCUCCCUUGCUAUUGCCGAAGACGGCUCAAGAUCAACCAUUUUUUGUGAUAAAAACUUUGUAAACGAAGUCUACGACAACCAAACCAUGGUUUUUAUUGAUGCCACUUUCAAAAUUGUACCUCCUAAUAUGGAAUUGGGACAAUUUUUAACUCUAAUGACAGUUAAAUAUAAUCACACAAUUCCUUUUGUAUGGAUAUUAAUGGAGAAAAGAACAGCUGCUGCUUAUGAAGCUGUUUUCGAGGAAUUAAAAAUUUUAUUUCCCAAUUUCCAUAUAAUGGAAGCGAUGUGCGAUUUUGAAGCAGCUCUUAAGUUAGCAUUGAGAAACAAAUUUAAUGGAAUUUCCAUUCACGGAUGCUUUUUCCAUUUUAACCAGGCAUUAUAUAGAAAGGUUGGAGAUCUUUACCUGGAAAACAUUUUGUUUCACACUGCCGAAGGAUAUAAUUUCCUUCGCCAAUUAAUGGCAUUACCUUUAUUACCAGCCAACGAAGUAAGGGGCACCUAUGUAACAAUUUUAAAUUUAAUGCCAUUAAAUAUUAAAAAUCAAAUUCAAUCAUACACAAAGUACUUUCAAAGGCAGUGGUUGAGGAAAGUUACUCCCGAGGUUUUCAGUUGCUUUGGUCUCGAACACAGAACAAAUAAUUGCUUAGAAUCGUACCAUAAGCAACUGAAACAAAAAUUUGGAAUACGUCCCAAAAUUUGGCAUUUUACCAAAUUAUUAGUAAAUUUCCAAGAAGGUCUGCAAAUAGAUUUAGGAGCAUUGAAACGCGGUCACCAAAUCACACGAAAUCCAAAAUUACAUACUGUAAUAAAAAAUGCACUAAUUGAAGAACAAUGGAACAAGUUCCAAACUGAAAAUCGACCAACAGCUUUAGAAUUUAUAGACAAAAUGAUUUUAAUAUGUAUAAAUCCAAUUUACGAGUUCCUAAAUGCUGAAGAAGCGGAUGGUUAAGAAUACCAAUAAGAUGCUGUACUUGUUUGACUGAAACACCAAUAUAUUGUAUUUUAGCUUGCGGGCAUAUACCUUUCUGCGAAGCAUGCUGGCUGACGUACAAUUAUAACAGCAAUGACUUCGUUGUCAACAAUGACGAAAUGUUGAGGAGCUGUCCAGUAUGCCGAGAAACGUAUAAUGUAAAUGAUGUUAGAAAGGUGUUUUUCACAUAAACAUUAUACACUAAAAAUAUAUUCAUUUAUUAAUUAUUAUUAUUAACUAUAAUAAUCUCAGUAUUCAUUCAUUCAUUCCCUACAAAAAAACAUUUAGCAAAACUAAUUUUUUUUGUAAUUUUAAAGAUUAUAAAAAAUUAUCGAAGUUUGACUUUAUCAAAAAUAUUUAUA